AUGUCACAAGACAGCGAGACCCGGCUUGCGCAGACGUCUCUAGCUCCUCCGGCAGAGAUCUCUGCCCCUGCCACCCCUGUUCUCCGUUCAAACCUUUCUGCUUCUCCGGAGUUGAAUGUAAGGGCCGAGAGCCUUGCUUCACACUCUGAAAAAAGUAAAUUCCUUUCUCCGCCAGCGCUGUCUUCAUCGGACAUGACCCCACCACCAUCCUCCCAAGUCCCCCCCGCCCCCUCUCGAGGAACGAGGUCCCGAUCUGGUUCUUAUCUUGCAUCUCCACCCGAUAUCGAGAAGACACUCUGCGUCGCCUACGGGGCCUCCGAAAACCUUCCAACUGCCGAGGAGAUCGGCGCUGCAGACGAAACAAGGCUCCGUACGAUCGCUAAAGAAUUGCUGGGUGUGGCUCAAGAGGCCCGGAUGUCAGCACUGCAUUUCAAGCUGCAGAACAGUCUCUUGUCUUUCACGAGCAAUGAAGCCAUAAAGCGGGCCGAGGUUGAACAUCAGUUAGCCCGAAGAGAGGUUGAGAUUCUUCAGAGCUCGGAGUAUCGCAGUCGUCAUUCUGAAAACAAACCUCCCCAACCAGUUACCAACGUGGAAUUGGAACUUGCCCUCAAACGUAACCAAGACCUCGAAAGAGCCAAUGCUACCUUGGACCGAAGACUUCGACGAUCGAAGAAACUUAUCGAACAGGAGAGGGAAAGAUCGGACCAGUUGAGAGAAGAGAACUGUUUGCUGAAGAAGCGCAUCAGAGAUAAUCGUGAACACUUUUCGUUGAUGAUUGAGAAUGGCUCGUUGUCACCAAGUCCGCAAACAGAAAUUCAGACUCCUCACAGAAGGCCCUUCCCACUUUUCACGGAUGACAGCCGAGGGGAAAGCAGCAAUCCAUUCGCAGCUCUUCUAGCCGCAGAUCGAGUUCUCAAUCGAGAAUCCUCCAACAUUACCUCUACCCCUAAUCGGGCCCGUGUCUCGAAACACGAUGCAAGUGGGCAUGUUCGUGGGUCGCAUUCGCUGUCGUCUCUUCCCAUGACACCCGCCCGGUCUCGAAACCACCGUCACGAAACCAACCAAUACCACACUCCAGGCAAGGAAUCAUCAGAGGCGAACCGUGACAGGGAUAGCACGAUCUCCGCAUCCGAUAUAGAGGAAGCUGAAACCGAAGAGGAUAUUCCCCUUUCUCAGGCUGGUAGUUUGGGGUCCCGCAUGUUUCAACGCAAUAAAGCUCCGAUAAACCGUGGAGAUGUUCGAAGCGUGGUGAAUGCUCCUAAAUCUAGCACCCUCCUCCAGACGAAAUUGUUUGGUCAGGUCAAGAAAGCCACCGUUGAGCGUGCGCCGAGCAAUCUUAAGCGUAAAUCAAGUCUUGACGGUGCGGUCUUGAAGAAGAAAACGAAAGCUGAGGAAAGAGUGGGUCUCGGUAUUGGCACUUGGAACAGUAACGAGACGGCUUAG